CCAAACGAAUUACAGGUAACAAACAAACAAAAAGUAUGGCGGGUGUCAAAAAGUUCGAGGAAGAUGACCAAUUAUAUAGAGCGUUUUGAAUUAAUUUUAUCUGGGGACAAACAGUGAAAUGUCUUCGUAUGCCGGAAAAUCGCCGCAAAUCGAAGAUUUGAUCUCCUCAGAAGAUGAUACUUUGGGAUCCUCCGUAAGUCUGAGUGUUGGGGAGAAUUCGGUGCGCAUUAAGAAAAAAAUCAAACCUAUCAGAGAACAAUUGUCUACUGAUAAGAAAGAUACGCAAGAUAAAUGGUGGUUGAAGCGACCUGAAACACGUCUAGAUGUUUUAAGUGCUAAGAAUGCAGAUGCAAAGAUGAAGCAGUCUCCUACUCCUACGUCGGAUGUCAGCUCUUCUAUGAAAGAGUUUCUCGAGAAGGAAAGAAUGUGCAAAAUAGUAUCGAAAAGCGAAGGAGAAGUGAAAGACAAAGAUGAUACUUUAUGCGAUAUACUUGCAUCUGUAGCUUUUGAUAAAUAUCCAUCAGAUUUUGAAAAUGCUACUGAUGAAGAUAUUGGUAGUAUAUUGGAAGAAAUGAGCAAGAUUGCUGAUGCAUUAAGUCCUAAUUCAGGUCCCGAACAUACCAAAUCUGGUGAGUCUAGUAAGAAUCCCAUUGAAGAAGAGAAAUCAGUGGAAGAAUUAUUAGAAGAAGCAGAGAAACUAGUGAGAAAAAACAGUAAUACUUUGUCAAAAAGUAUAUCCAAAUCUGAUACUCUAGUACCAGAAAAUAAUCAAGAUGAAAGCCUGAGUAGAGUAAGGCAAUUAGAAGCUGAUAUUUUUCAAUUAAUAGAAAAAGAAGUUCAUAAAGAAACAGAAAAAAUAAAGAGAAGUCCGAAAAAUGAGAAAAAACGAGAAAACAGUCCUGGAUUCGAAAUCGUUUAUGAAAGCCUAAGCAGUUUGAAACCACCAAAAACACUGGAGCUUCAAAGAAGAAAGUUUGAAGAACAGAAAGUCGAGAUAUCAAGCAGUUCCGAUUUGGAUGAUCCAAUUGAGAGGCAUUCCAAAUCCGAAGAAUUAAAGAGCACAAAGAAAAUGGAAAUAGAAAAGGAGAAUCUGCAGAAAGAAAUCACGGACGUGGACAAAAAUUUUUUCGAAGAUUUCUUGAGAAAAUCCAAGGAAAAGGCAGAAGGUGGAAUAUCUGGGAGUUCUAGUUUUGGACAAGAAGAUUUUUCACACUUUUUGAAGCUGCUUCAAGGACAAAAUGCGGACAAAAAGGAGCCAGAAUCAAAAGAGCCUAAUAUAGUCUAUGAUCUUUUUUUGAAACCUACCAAUGGCGAAUUAUCGACUGUAGAGGGUCAAUUAGCUAGUGGCAAAACCCCGGAAUUUCCGGAAAAAGAAUUUUCUGAGAUAUUAGGAAAUGAAUUAUCAGACACUAACGAUGCACAUGAAAUUAAUGAAAGUGAUUCAAGUGUUAGCGAAAGACAAUCUAAACAAACAUCUAAUUCUCCAUCAAUUGCGGCAACAUUUUUGAAAAAUUCUAACAAAGAAUCUAAAAAAUCUGUAUCAAUAGACAUAGAAAAAAAAAGUAAUAAAAAUAUAGCAGAAGACAAUAAAAAGUCUGAAAGUGAAUUGUAUACAGUGGGGUUAACACCAAGAUUAGAAUUGUUUGCGGAUGCAAUACCCAAACUCAUGGCUGAAAAAUUAAAUGAAAAUGUGAAGGAGAAUGCAGAAAAGAUAGAUGUGGCACAUAAAAAAUCUGUGUGCACAGAAGAUAAAGUUGAUACAAAAAUGGAAAAUUUGCAUGUUGCCAAAGCAUCCAAGACUUCUAGGGUAGAUCAUCAGGAAGUAUCUGUUCAUAGCGUUUUGAAAAAAACAACAGAUGUAUGUAAAACCGAUCGCGUGGUUAAUGCACCGAGCAAUAAGCAAUUGAAAAAAGAAAUAAGAUUUUGUAAAUCCAAGAGCUAUGAUCAAAUAUGCCAGCCUCCUCUGAAAACCUCUCUCGAAAAUAUCAGAAGUAAUAAAGUAGACGUGUCCAAGAAAUCUGUGAACCUGGUCUCUAAAAAAUCACCAAUAAUAAAACCAAAAGUGCAAUCUCGAUCAAUUCCUAAAACUAUAUCGAAACCUAAUAUAUUUCUGAAAUCAAAAAUGGAUUCUGCUAAAACUGGCUCCACAUCUAGUUUGCCCGCUGCGUGCAAAGGAUCUCAAUUGAAAUCGCCUGACAGUUACAGGAAAAAUUUGAUGGCUGCUGGAGAUUCGAAGCAAAUUUCGAUGAAACGUGAUUGGGAGAUGUUAUAUCGUGAGGAGAAACAUAAGAAUGCGCUUCUAAAACAACAACUGGAAACCGAAGCGAAGCUGUACAAAAGUCAAAUCGAAGAAAUGCGUACAUCCUUUGAGGGUGAACUAUUUGCUUUGAAGAAACAGAAUAUAAUUUUGAAAGCGAGAGUCGACGAACUUUCUCUGAACGAGAAGCUCUUGGAAGUUCCAGCUAAGAAUGAUACAAAAAUCAUUCUUCUAGAACAAGAACUAGAAAAGCAGGAGAACCUAAUCUGCGCUUAUGAAACUGAAAACAAGAAGUUGAUGCAGGAUACGAAACGAAUGCAAGAGGAGCUGAAGAAUUUGCAAUCUAAACAGAAGAUCACAGUGUCGGAGGCAAAUGAUAUGCAACAGCUCACUGAUCGGGUGAAAGAUCUUCAGGAGGAGACGUUGAAGUUAAAUCUCGAGGUGUCUGAAUUGAAGGAGAAAAAUGUCGAUUGUUUGCUGAAAAAUGACGAUUUGACUCAACAGAACAGUUUACUAACGGACGAAUUGGAAAUGUUCAAGGAGCAGUUGAGAGCGAAAAAUAAUUUUAUCACGGAUCGAUUGCAAGUGAUGAGCACCGUGGAAUUAGAACUUAAGAAACAGUUAGAAGACCUGAGUAUCAAAUUGAGCUCAAAAUCAGAACAACUGCGAGUGACGAAGCAGGAGCUGGAGAAAGUUCAGCAAAAUAUAUUACCUUUGGAGAAGGAAUUAUUGGAGCUCAGAGUUAAAGAGGGGAAUCUUCAGGAGAAGUUGCAAAUAAGCAAGAGUCACAUCGAACGUGAGAAGCAGUUGACCCAGAAACUCAAAGAUCAAGUUAUUCUGGAUAAUAAGAAAAUCAUAGAUCUAAAUAGGCAAGUGCGCGAGUUGGAGCGUAUACUUAAGAGGAAGAAUCCAGAUUCGGUUUCAGCUCUCAUACUGACUGCUAAUUCGGAACAGGAAAAGAUUGGUUCCGAGAAAGUAAAACUUCUGGAAGAAAGAAUAACGAGUCUUGAGAACGAGAUUAAAGACAAGGAGAAAGUCGCGCAACAAAAUUUAAUUGACUUACAGAAAAAAUUCUCCGACAUGAAGGAGAAAUACGUGGUUCAGAUAACGGAAUUGGAGGCGAAACUUUUGGAAGCUACCACAAAGGAACACAAGUUGUAUAAUGACAUGUUCACGCAGACGACAGUCAAGCAUGUCGAGAGCAAGAGUAUAGAAACUAAUAAGAGAGAUGAUAAAGCUUCAGCGAUGGAAGAGAAGAAAGAUCCAAAAACGAUUAAGAUUGGACCAAAAUCUCAAAAUGCAAAAGAGGACGCACAUCUUAUCGCCACUAUAAGAGGCUUAAAAUUAGAAAUAACGAAUAAAGAUAAAGCAGUUUCGAAGAUAACCAAGGAGUAUCAGGAGUUACAGAAGACGAACCGUAGAUUGCAGAAAGAACGGGAGAAAUUAUUGAAUGAUCGGAGGAGCUUCAGAAGCAUGGAUUUUGAUAGGGUAUUUCGAGGAAUGAAAAACGGUGAGGGAAAUGAUCAGAAUUCGAAUGUCUAUCAGAAUGGACAUGUUUCUGACUCGCAAAGACUGUCGUCGUCGACAACAAAGUUGUAUGAUCCAAUGCAGUAUACGGAAAAUGGCAAGAACGGAGUUAUCAAAAAGUUAACUAAUGAAAAUGACAUUUUGAAAGAAGAACUGAACAAGAUAAACAAGGACUUUAUGGCUCUAAAGAGCAAGAGGCUACAUGAUUUGAAUCUCUUGCAGGAGGAACACGAACGGGAAAUGGCUACUCUUGUGAAAGAAUACAGCGUCAAAUUUGGAGACUCUAAAGUGGUAAAGUUACAGGGCCAGAUUAAUACUCAGGGAGCGAUCAUAUCGCAUUUAAAAGAACAGAUCGAAAAGUUUAGGGACUACAAGGAGCAAGUAAUUGUGCUAAAGGCCGAAAGAGAACAUCUGGAGAAUAAAGUGAAAAUGCUGACCGAGAAAAUCAAGUACUUAUCAACGCCGGGAACGGAACAAUUGCAGUUGCUGCAGGAUAAAAUUACGAUUCUCCAGCAACGGCAUGAGAGAGAAAUGACCUUGCAGACUUUAAUUCGCGAUUUAUUGAGGAAUCGAUCGCAAUGCAAGGACUGUAAAAGUGAAAAGGGCAAGAAUCGGCAGCUUUGUUACUUUCGACAAGAGCUUGAUUAUAUUUUAGGAAUGCUACAGGAGAUCGCUAACGUCCAUUAAUAUCGUUGAAUCGAGAAAUCUCUAUUAUCAUACAAUGUAUCAGAUGAUUCUCGGUUCGUCAUCGAAUAUUGUGAUAAUUUUUACAAGAUUAAGACUUGCGAUGUAAUCUUAAAUAAUUCCCGAAAGAGGCAUUAGAUACAAAAAUAUCGAAGGUAUAGGUAAGUAAACGCGUUUGUUCGCGUUAUAUUCAGCCAAAAUAUUUAGUCAAUAUCCUUCCGUCAACUCUUCCAGGAGGAUUAUUAGUGAGGAUUAUUAUCGUUAUUAAAGCGCAAUCUUCUUUCUUGCGUCCAUGACACAUCGUUCGUUCUGCGAGUUCGUGCCUACCAGCGUGAAAUUUGCAAAUUAUUCGGUAGGCUCGAAUCACUGCCAAACAGAGGAACGCUAUCGCGAACUAGCGAAAUCCAAUGACGAACGAACGUACAACUGUAUUACAAUUUUUUCAAAUUUUUAUCCAUCAUCAAUUCUUACCGCGCGUGCAAUAUCUCGAAGUACUGCCCGCUUUAUUAAUUAAUCGAUUUUUAUUGGAUUAGACAUUAAUUUUUUGUAUAAUAUAAGUCUUGUAAGUCGUAUACAUUCUUAAGAAAAGGUAAUAUUUUUUACUUAUUUAUUUAUUUAUUGAGUUUCGUAUAAUAAAAAUUGCACAGUAGACACUUUUUUUACAUUGAUAUUAUUACAGCUUAUUUCGUUCUUAUAACCGUAUGAUAUGAUAAUUAGGAGAGGGGGAGAAAAGAAAGUAGGCGAAUAAAAAUAUCUUCUAAAGGACUUCUUCCAAAGGUAAAUGAUAUCUCUAGUUUUUUACGGAUAAUUUUUGGAAACUUUGCUGUGUACAUAGAGCGUUAUAAGAUAAACCGCUGUAUUUAUUUCCGAUAAAACUGCGUCAGUUUAUUCGCGAUCAACGAAGUCGAGUCAAUGCACUCGAUUAUAUCAUGUGUAUUAUCGUAUUAUAUAUUAUAAGCACUCUAGUUUAUUACUACUACUUGCCAAGCCUAGCUGGUGGUUUAAUGAUCUCAUGAAAUGUAAUCAUGUCUGUAUGCGUUUAAACGCGAGCACGUCGCACAAAUCAACGUGGCCGAGACUUAAGGAUAAGAAAUCAAUAAAAAGGAAUGUUUGAUUUUCUGAAACGCUUUCUACGCGUUUUCAAGGCAAUCAUCUUUCUAAGACUCGGUUACGUCAAAUCACACAAUCACAUUCUUUUUCUAAAAUCUAAAUAGAUUAUUUAAGCUCGUUACAGAUACACACAUAAUGUACAAAAUUCAAAAUUAUAACUUUAAUAAACUUAAUCUUUUCGUC